UAAGCAACACUAACAUUCAAAUUUUGUGAAUUGCGCAGCCGCAAAUAAAAUUGAUUAAUUUUCUAUGGACUAACAGCAUAUAAAGAAAUUGCUGAACUUAAAAGCGAGCGGAGCACGUUGACAGCUUUGUAUACAAUAUUUACAUUAUUGAAUUAAAAAUUAAAAAUCAAAUCAAUGCAUAACUAACGGCUGUUCAUGUCAAACACAACGAGCUUAAAUGUAUUUAAGAGGAACAUAUGGAGACAUGGACACAGACGAUGGACAGAGCAAUGCUAGUAAUAGCAAUAGCAACACCAACAUUGUCAAUGUCAAUCAAUACGACUAUAUGUUUGGCAAGCAUAUGGAAAACUAUAAUGUGGAGACGUCAGCGGUGCAUCGGAAGCUUCAGAGUAAAAUUGAAGCAUUGCGCAUUUUGCGCCAGGAGCUGGAACAGUUUCGCGUCGAACGUGAUCAGUACAAAUUGAUGGCUGAGACGCUGCAGUUGCGUUACUCAGCCAUGAAGCGAAAUAGUGAACUGUUAGCCGGGAAUGGCAAUGCGUGCGGCGCCUUAAGUCACAAUUCGAGUCUUGCAGCGCUGCUGCACGAGACGCGCGAAUUGAAUCUCAAGCUAAACACCGAGGUGGAGGCGCUGAAGCAGCGACUAAGCGAACUGCAGGGCGACAUGGAGCUGUUACGUGAGAGGGAGUCCAAUAGCAAAUCCCGAUUGCAGACUCUGCUGAACGAACACGCGGCUCACAACAAGGAGGGGCUGCAAUGGAAACGGGAGCGCGCAAAUUUCAUUUGCCAUCUGGAGAAUCUGAAAAAGAAGAACGCACAAUUAGCAUAUGAUCUCAAGGGUAUUAUUGAUGAGAAGGAAGAACUAAUAACGGAGCGGGAUGCUUACAAGUGCAAGGCGCACAGGCUUAACCAUGAACUCUUGGUGGCCCUUAAGGCCAAUAAAAUGCAUCCAAAGUUGCUCGACAUUGAUGGCGUGCUGCUAGAGAACAAGUACCUACACGAACGUGUGAAGAUUCAGGAGAGCGAGCUCGAACUGACUAAGCAGUCAGUCAGCAAAUAUAAGACCAUGCUGGAGGCCAAACGUAAAAAGGGCAUCGUGAAGCUCGGUGGCAGCACAAAUGAUGAAACCAUAUUGAGUCCUCGGCAAGUUAAAACUAUACUGGAGAGCGGCAUUGAUUUGCCUGGCAAAACAGAGACCAUACACGAUCUGAAAUCCUUGUGCUUGGCGCUGUUGGAUAACCUGAACGAUAAAAACUUGGCAUUGACGCACCAGAAGCGCACCAACAAAAUACUCGCUAGCAAAAUGGCAGAGCUAGAACAACGGUGGCAGCAACUGCUUAGCGGAGACUCCGAGAAUACCACAUUGGAGGAUGUGAACGAGGAGGAGGAAGAGGAACUGGGCUAUGCGCCAUCGCAGCUGCUGCUCAAUGGCUAUUGUGCAGCCAUGGUCGAUGAUGUGGGUCCUGAUGAAACGGAAACAACAGCAGUCAAAACAGCUGAAACCACAAACACACAUUUAUCCGAGCCAUAUGAUACGAGGUCAGCGGGAGUGCUACAGUCUGAUGAUGGCAUGUCCUCGCUAUCCUCAGAGUCGGCCGACUCCUCUGUUUAUGGCAUAGACGUACGACUGAAUGAGCUAGCGAUCAAUACAUAUAAAUCGACGUCGCCAACAACAGAUUCCGGCAAUUAUAAUGGCACACCGCGCGUGUCCAGCGCUGUCGUUAGAGAACGUAAGGAGGAUCUCAAAGAUUUGCCUCCACAUUUGGCUGAUUUAGUGCAGAAAGCACUUAACGAAUUGGAUAUGAGGGACUACGAGGCGAUGGUCACAAUACGCGCUGAGAACGCUGCAAAAAUGCAUUAGUUGUAAACUAGUUGAAUGUUAUGUGUAAUGCUUUCAUGCAUACCUAUUCAUAAUAAGCAUAUCGUGCUUAUGCCGUUAUAUACAAAACGAAUUAUAAACUACAUAUAUUUAUCUAUUGUUUACAGCGUACAAUAAACAAAU